AAUAUGGUUUUUGUCAUGUUGAAAAAUGUCAAUCAUAAAAAGUUAUUAUCUGUUGGACAAAUACUCUCGUCCAUUCUAAUUGGUUCAGUACAUUGACGCCUUAUUAAUCACUGAAGCUUUACAGCUGUAUCCCGUUAUGCAUCUGAUGGAGAGAACUUUGUCAAGGACCAAGUCUCUGCAUUAACAAAUAGUCUCCCGCUCUUUCUAUUGGUGCAGUAUACUUUUCACCUAGCAGCUGACGUGACAGCUUUAAAGUUAUACAGCUUUACAGUGAUAGCAGUAUUAAUUAAAAAUUUGAUAGCAAUAUAACAUAUGCCCUGAAAGUUGUAUUUCCCCGUUUUACGUUUCUCUUUUACGUUGGUAUGACUCUCUUAGGAGUUCGUCUUCCUCGAGGAAACAAACAGCUGUAAGUUAGGGCUCGAAGUCUCAAGUAUAUAAGCGGCAAAAGGAGAUCUUUAGCUAACGGCAAAAGCAACAAGGAGCAUAUUGUGAUUCGAGCAGAUUCAAUUUGGUGUCAAGGUGUAGUCGUUUUUAUAAUUGGUAUAAGAGCCGGUAUCUAUGGCUGCCCCACCCAUGUAUCAGGAAGGAGCUUCGCUAACUCGGCCUCCAUUCUUCAAUGGAAAGUACUACGGAUGGUGGAAGAAUAGGAUGAUGGAAUUUAUAAUCGCUGAGAAUUAUGAUUUGUGGGAUGUUGUGAUGGAUGGUCCAACCAUCCCCACAAAGCUUGGAGCUGAUGGAACAGUUGUUCCUAAAGGAAGACUUGAACUAACUCCAGAGGACAAAAUAGCGCUACAGAACAAUGCCAAGGCUAAAAACAUUUUGAUUUGUGGCCUUGGUCCUGAUGAAUACAAUAGGAUCUCGUCGUGCUCUAAUGCUAAAGAAAUUUGGGACACUCUACAAAGUGCUCACGAGAGACAUAUGAGUCCAAUGAAAAAAUGUAACGUAGACUAUUGGAAGAGAAAGUACGAACUAUUUAGGAUGAAAGAUGGUGAAACUAUUCAGGAGAUGCAUAGCAGGUUUACAUCUAUUAUCGGCGAGAUGGACUCACUUGGGGAGUCACUACCAAGUGGCAAAGCUGUAAGGAAGUUUUUUAGUGUACUGCCUAAUUCAUGGGAAAGUAAAGUUGAAGCACGUGAUCUUGACUUUGAGGAAGAAAACAUGAAACUGAUGGCCAGAAUUUUCCGGAAAUGUUGAGCAAUGGUCGUUAGUCGAGAUCAACAGGUAUGACACAAGUAACACUUCAUCAAAUUUUGUCCCCAAUGGAUCUAGACAAGGUAAAGGAGACACGAAAGGAAUUUGGUAUUCAGAACCAGAAUAGGUGUAGUGGAUUGAAGUAGUUUUCUCAUUGUUGUUCCUGCUUGUUGCUAUUUUUGUCUUUUUUUGAGCUGAGGGCCUAUCGGAACAACCUGGUCUCGAUUACUUGGUUAGGAAAGAAGGUUAUGGUCUUGAGUACUCUUUUCUAUUUUUCCAGUGUCUGCUAACAUAAACAAUGGUGAAUGCUAAUGAUGAUUCUGUUUGCUUAGUUAGAAAAUUGUACUUUUUCGGG